AGGAAAUCAGUCGUCGAGACCGGUUAAGAGCCUAAUGUGCGCUGGGACAAAGGUCGAGUUUGUUUGGAAGGAACCUAAGAAACUGAUGGCCUACCUCUUCCUCUUUGUAUGAGUUUGUGCCAGGAACCGCAGAGAUCAGCACUGAUGUUAAGCUCAUGGCGAUUGGUAGAACCGCUAUUUCACCCCAGCGGCCUACAUCGUCUUUCUCGCUUCGUACCUUUCUCCGAAUUUGAGUGUUACUGAGUCUGUCCCGUUCGCUUGCUUACUACAUUGAUAUAUCAUUUUCCGUUGUUACAGGUGUCAAAAAUUUCUCCCAUUCCAAAGUGCCAUGCUUAUGACAAGCCUCACUGUCUCGUCGGUGAUGAUGCUCAAAAGAGUAAAAGCACUGUACCAGAGCACGCCACUGGUCACCUAUAUUUUGUUCUUAGUUCUCGCGAUCUGGCUCGGGGUCACGCUAGCAGAUGCUACAAAGCCCACGCGGGCUUUGCAUUCACCUGUGGUGCACGUCUGCAUGGUCAACAUUGAUCCUCAAAAGCAAAGUAGAAAAUUAGAAACUAGGCUGACAAGCUUCCUCAUCUAUAUCGCGUUCGACACACUUGUGUUCUUGCUCACUCUCGCCCGAGCGCUUCCCUUUCAGCCCUUCACAAACAGAGACACCAUCGCGCGGAAGCUCGCUGCUGAUGGAUUGCUGUGGUAUGCAUUCAUAACCUUUGUCAAUAUCGCUCAUACCAUCAUGAUGGUCCGGGCCCCACCUGGCAUUGAAAACGUUCUCGGAGAGACCGCCUUUCUACUACAGGUCACGAUGACGUCGCGUAUCACGCUCAGCCUGCCUAAAACCUACCGGAAACUCACCAGCAUAGAUACACGAUGGGGUUCUCGAUGGGAGAAUUAUCCACCCAUCGUCUUCGCAUCGUGACUUCGCGAUGGCCAUCCCCGCAAGAUAUCCUCCACGCGUGACGCGGUCUAGGUCCAUUGAAUGGCAGCAAAAUAUGUUAGAUACCUCAUCAGUCAGAUACGACAGCACGGCAAGAAGUCUGCCCCCGUAAAUAAAGUCUGCUUUUUGUAGCGUUGCCAAUGUAUUUUUACGAGCCC